UGAAUAAUUUCGAAAUGCAAUUAGUAAAAUGCACUGAAUGGAGGUCAGUUUUGCACCAUGCUUUACAAAGUUCAGUGGAAAAUAAAUAUGGAUGAGCUACCUUCCUCAAUGAUUGCAAACACUGCAACGACUCGACGGCAGUGCAAUAUGAACUGAUUUGUGACUCGGAUGGGUAACGGUUCAGUGAAAGUGCAUCCGAAAAAAAUGUGAAAUACCGCCAAAAAUGUUGGUGAAAUUGAUGAUUUUCUCACUGUUGCUGCCGUUUUCGCUAACCCAGGCUCGGAGAUGUGUGGUGAAGUUUGAAAGUGGGGGUGGUGUGGGUGUACUUAAGAAAACAUUUACAAACCGACAGUACUGUGCCUACCUUGGAAUACCAUAUGCUCAACCUCCGGUGGGAGAGCUGAGAUUCGAGGAACCAAUUGCUUUUCAUUUCAAUGGGUCCGCUGUGUUUGAUAAACCUUCAAGCAUGUGCGCACAGACGCCAAAAGAAGUCACGGUUGGAGAAGAAGACUGCCUUUACCUGAAUGUGUACACUCCCCAUGUUCGAGGGAGCCCACGGUCACGGGCUUUAAUGCCGGUGCUGGUGUGGAUUCACGGGGGAAGCUUCACCGAAGGUUCAUCUGAAACAGAUAUUUUUGGCUCUGAACUAAUUCUCGACAAGGACAUCAUCGUAGUCACGUUCAACUAUCGGCUAGCAUCGCUCGGAUUUAUGGGAAUUGUUGAUUUGGAAGUCAAACCUGAUCUGGGACUGAAAGACCAAACGGUAGCUUUGCGAUGGGCGAAGCGAAAUAUCAAAAGCUUCGGUGGAGACGCUAAUCGAAUUACUUUGCUGGGUUGGAGUGCAGGCGCAGCAUCCGCCACAUAUCAUAUGUACACAAGCGCCUCGAAAGAAUUGUUUCAACGUGUGAUAGCCAUGAGCGGCACGAUGACACAACCGUGGGCUUAUAAUUUCAAACCGCAAUGGUGUAGCAACGAGUAUCUCAAGCAAAUUGAUGCGACUACUAUUCAGGAACUUAAAUCACGUUCUGUGAAAUUUCUGAUUCCUGUGGACGGGCCCGGUUUUCACUACAGUGGUAUCGUGUAUUUGUGCUAUAUGCCAAGUGAGGAUCCAAUUUAUAUACCGCAGAAUCCCUACGACAUAGUUCGAACGAUGCAACCUGUGAGUGAUGUUCCGCUUCUGAUUGGAGCCACUAAUGUGGAGCAUGAAAAUUUGUUACAUCGACGCGUUUUCUACAUGUCCCAAUCUAAUUAUCCAAACGGCAAUGAGACUAUCUACGAGCGCAUCAAGGAUUUUCUCGAAUAUUCCCGCUUCAACCGAUCUGCUGAUGUUUUUUACCGCAAACUCACGGCCGUGACUGACUUCACAUUUGGAAUGCAAUAUUUUAUCAGCCACGCCGUACAACUGUUCAAAUCGCCCAUUUUUCUUUACCAAUUCUCAUUCGAUGGACCAUUUGGUUACCCAAAAAAUGUGCUAUAUCGGGAUGAAAUUACGCACCCAAUUCAGGGUGCUAUGCAUGGUGACGAUCUCGGUUAUCUUUUUACACCGUACAAUUUCCGAAAAAUCCUUGAUGAGAGCCGAAAUGUUUCCAACCGGGUUGCUGCAAGAGCACUGAAUGUGCAACGCCGCAUGGUGCGUCUAUUCACGAAUUUCAUCAAAUCCAGCAAUCCAACGCCGAACAAUGGUCGAAUCAAUCAGACAAUAUGGUAUCCCUAUAACGACCGGAAUCCACAGCUGGCCGGACGAUAUCUCAAUAUCGGCCAAAAACUACAGAUGCGACCAGAUACGACGGUCAAGAAUUAUUACUAUGAGCUUUGGGGAACAAUAUUCGAAUGUUUGUAUUAUUAUAGGUGCGAAUUUUUGGAGCAAAGGUAGCUUCGAGAAGUGAAUGAUUAACAGUAAUAAAGACAAUCUGGUAGUCCAUGUAUAUUUUCAUUAAAAACACGUACUAUAUACCUAUUAAACCUAUUAAAUAUAAAUCUUAAUUAAAUAGCAGAUGUGAAAAAUGGUAAGUUU